GCGCCGCGGUGGCCCGGAGUCGUGGCGACAUGCCCGAGCUGGUGGUGACGGCGCUGCUGGCGCCGUCACGCCUCUCCUUGAAGCUCCUGCGCGCUCUCAUGUGGAGCCUCGUGUUCGCCGCCGCGCUGGUGGCUGCAGCGGCUUACGGAUGCGUAGCGCUCGCGCACGUGCUGUGCCGGCCGCGGCGCGGCUGCUGUGGGCGCCCCCGGCGCACCCCUCCAGCCUGCUUGAGCGACCCCACACUGGGUGAGCAUGGUUUCCUGACCCUCAAGAGCUCAGGCCUGCGGCUUCACUAUGUCUCUGCUGGAUGUGGCAACAAGCCCCUCAUGCUGUUUCUGCAUGGCUUCCCGGAGACCUGGUUCUCCUGGCGCUACCAGCUCAGGGAGUUCCAGAGCCGCUUCCAUGUGGUGGCUGUGGACCUUCGGGGCUAUGGUUCCUCUGAUGCACCUCAGAAUGUGGAUUGCUACACUGUCGACCUGCUGAUGGCGGACAUCCAAGAUGUCAUUCUAGGCCUGGGUUACUCCAAGAGCAUCCUUGUGGCCCAUGACUGGGGAGCAGUCCUGGCCUGGAAUUUCUCCAUCUACUACCCAUCCCUGGUGGAGCGGAUGGUUGUGGUCAGUGGUGCCCCCAUGUCAGUAUACCAAGACUACUCUAUGCACCACAUCAGCCAAUUGUUCCGUUCCAAUUACAUGUUCCUGUUCCAGCUUCCUUGGCUUCCUGAGAAACUGUUGUCCAUGUCUGACUUCCAGAUCCUGAAGACCACCUUCACCCACCGCAAGAAGGGCAUCCCACACUUGACUGCUAACGAACUCGAGGCCUUCCUUUAUGAUUUCUCACAGCCUGGUGGCCUCAUUGGGCCUCUGAACUACUACCGAAACCUCUUCAGGAACUUCCCCUUGGAGCCCCAGGAGCUGGCCACACCCACACUCCUGCUGUGGGGAGAGAAGGACCAGUACUUAGAGAAGGGACUGGUGGAGGCCAUCAGCAGCCGUUUUGUGCCAGGCCGGCUUGAGGCCCAUAUCCUGCCAGGUGUGGGGCACUGGAUCCCACAGAGCAACCCCCAGGAAAUGCACCAAUACAUGUGGGCCUUCUUGCAGAACUUGCUGGACUAGUGGCCUUUGCUUGCUGAUCUGCGUGUACCUGGGAAUCCAUCAACAUACAUACAUGGGUGGCCUCCUGGACUGCACACAAGCUUGGAACUCCUAGAUGUCACUCAAGUGCAAUUGUAGUUCCUCUCAGACACACCCAACCAUAUACUCAUACACAGGCUUGAAUGUGCAUGUGUGAGCCAUGGGAACUAGGAAUGCCUUUCUUCUGUGGAGCUAGAUGCUGAAUGUCCUACCACUCUCCUCUCCAGGACACCGGUCUUCCUGCCGAAAUCAUACCCUAUAGAUGCACAUAAUCAUAACCCUUUUUUUGGUUUAUACAGCGUAACUUUGACCGUCCUGUCUCUGGUUUCCACCUCCAGUCUGUGUCUUCACUAAUGCUGCUCUGUCUAAUACAUAAUGA